AUGCAGAUCUUCGUCAAGACCGUCACCGGGCAGACCCUCACGCUCGAGGUCAAGGGCACCGACACCGUCGACACCAUCAAAGCUCGGAUCCAGGACAAGCAAGGGAUCACCGGCACCGCCUCCCAAGACGACCCGCACCAUCUGCCGUCCCUCGUGUUCGCCGGGAAGCAGCUAGAGGAGGAGGACGGCCGGACGCUGGCCGACUACGGCAUUGGCAAGGAGUCGACGCUGCACCACGUGCUCGGCCUCCGCGGCGGCUUCCGGCAACGAAGCUGCUACCCCAAUCACAUCAGCCCCAGCCUCCUAGCGCUUGCGCUCCGCUACAACGAGAACAAGAUGAUCUGCCGCAAGCGCUAUGGACGUCUUCCUCCUGGGGCUACCAACUGCCGCAAGAAGAAGUGCGGCCACAGCAAUGACCUAAGGCCCAAGAAACGUUUCGAUGGUAGAGCAGGUUUACGAGGGAAAUAG